AACGAUACAAAUAUGGAUUCUUGAUCACCAUUUGGUGUCGCUUAGGUGGCUGCUAUGACAGCAUUGUGAUACCAAGUAAGGUAUAAAAUGUAGAUUCCUUGUGCGGUACCAAACAAGCAGAGCAGCACUCUACUUGUUAAAAAAAAAUGUAACCUUCUAGGAAGGGUAUUUAUGUGUAACACUUGAUUAAAAUAACACCGAAGGUGCCGAAGCAUAGCGCGCUCUGGUAACCAUGGCAACGGUUUGUUUGCACCACAUUAUUCCCCAUGCCGACAGAAACUGGACCGACCACAACUUCUGCUUACCAGCAUUUACUCGAGGCAAUCCAUUAUAAUUCUUCUUCGUCAUUGUGAAACACUGUCUACUAGGCCCAUUCAAUCCACUUUUAUUGAUAGAAUAGCAGGUUGCCAUACAAGUAAUCCACCGUGGCAGGGAAAAUGAUGCUUCAAAAUAUUCAGAUUCGAGAUGGGGAGUAUACAAAGACCAUAUAUUCCAUGAUAAAGGAACAACGAUAUAGUGAAGCAGUGCAGAUUCUGAACCAUAUCAUUGAGUCCUAUCCAAGUUCCCGAGCUGCAUUGUCUCUCCUCGCCUACUGUUAUUUCUACAUGCAAGACUUUGUCAAUGCUGCUAACUGCUAUGAACACCUCAUGCUCCUCUUCCCUGACAUUGAGGAGUACCGCAUGUACUAUGCCCAGUCACUUUAUCAGGCCUGCUUAUAUGAGGAGGCUAUGAAGGUGACCCACCAGAUAGAGGCACCAGAGUAUGCAGGAAGCAUUACCAAAUUGCAGGCUGCAAUCAAAUAUGGUGAAGAAGACCUUCCUGGAGCUAAGAGCUUAGUUGAUCAGUGUCCAGCAGAUGACCCAGAUACAGAAAUAAAUCAUGGGUGUCUGUUGUACAAGGAAGGCAGAUAUGAGGAAGCCUGCCAGAAAUUCACCAGUGCCCUGCAAGUGGCAGGAUACCAGCCUCAUCUGUCCUAUAAUAUUGCUUUGUGCCACUACCGACUUAAACAGUAUGCUCCAGCCCUUAAACACAUUGCGGAUAUAAUCGAGCGAGGCAUCAGAGAACAUCCUGAAUUGAGUGUGGGCAUGACAACAGAGGGCAUUGAGGUGCGCAGUGUGGGAAACACUCUUACCCUACAUGAAACAGCUCUUAUUGAAGCCUUCAACCUUAAAGCUGCCAUUGAAUACCAGCUUAAGAACUAUGAAGCUGCCCGAGAAGCUCUAACUGACAUGCCUCCCCGAUCAGAAGAAGAGCUCGAUGCAGUGACUUUACAUAACCAGGCCCUAAUGAAUAUGGAAACUAAGCCAACAGAAGGAUUUGAGAAGAUGCAGUUUCUGCUGGGCCAGAAUCCAUUUCCUCCUGAAACAUUUGGCAACCUUCUACUCCUUUAUUGCAAAUAUGAAUAUUACCACUUAGCAGCUGAUGUCCUUGCUGAAAAUGCUCAUCUUACUUAUAAAUAUCUAACACCUCAUCUCUUUGACUUCCUUGAUGCCUUAAUCACUCAGCAAACUGCAGCCUCUGAAGCUUAUCGUAAAUUUGAUGAAUUAGGAUCACGACACAUUGAGUUGCUGCGGAAAUUAACAAAGGUGGUACAAGAAGCUCGGCAAAACCAUGAUGAUGACCAGGUGAAGACAGCUGUGAAUGAAUAUGAAGAGAUUUUGGAGAGGUACAUUCCAGUCCUCAUGGCUCAGGCCAAGAUUUACUGGGACUUAGAAAAUUAUUCCCAAGUGGAAAAGAUCUUCAGAAAGUCUGUAGAAUUUUGCAAUGAAUCUGACAUAUGGAAGCUAAAUGUUGCACAUGUUUUAUUCAUGCAAGAAAACAAGUUCAAAGAAGCCACAGGAUUUUAUGAACCAAUUGUGAAGAAGAACUAUGAUAAUAUAUUAAAUGUGAGUGCAAUUGUGCUGGCCAACUUGUGUGUCUCAUACAUCAUGACUAGUCAAAAUGAGGAAGCAGAAGAGCUCAUGAGGAAGAUUGAAAAGGAAGAGGAACAUCUAGCAUAUGAAGACCCAGACAAGAAAAUUUAUCAUCUAUGCAUAGUGAAUUUGGUUAUUGGGACCCUCUAUUGUGCCAAGGGAAACUAUGAGUUUGGUAUCUCAAGGGUAAUCAAGAGUCUAGAGCCAUACAACAAGAAGCUUGGAACAGAUACCUGGUAUUAUGCCAAAAGAUGCUUCCUUUCCCUUAUAGAAAAUUUGGCCAAGCAUAUGAUAACUGUGAAGGAUUCAGUAAUUCAAGAAUGCAUACAGUUUCUUGAGCACUGUGAAGUGUAUGGGAGAAGUGUGAAAGGCCUGAUUGAACAUCCCUUGGAGGAAAUGGCCAUCCAUCCAGGCAAGAACACAGUCACCUAUGAAGCUCGCUUACUGAAGGCUCUUCUGCUUCAGAUCCAACAGAUGUAGGAGCUUUAAAGAUACAACCAAUAAAAAAUAUAUCACUAAUUAAUGUAAGUGAUUGGUAUAUUUCAAAGAUAAGAGCCCUCUUGCUUUGUACAAGAUAAAUUUUGUUCAUACAAUUGCCAUCAGAAACAAGCACAUUGAACUGUCCCAUGAAUUGGAAAAAUUAACAAGCAGCACUGCAUUAUCCUCCAGAAAUUUUAAGUGGGCUUUAAAAAGAGUAUAACACCCAAGAGAAUGAAAGACAUGUGUACCUCAAAGGAGUUGAAACUAUUAAUUUUCUGGUGAAUGAUGUGUACUUGAUAAUGUAUUUCCAGUAAGGCAUUUAUUUUUAAGUGACCAAAUGAGACCUGGAAUGUGGAGAUCUUACACUUCCAGUUUUCAUCAUCUUGGAGGAAGGAUUGACAUUCCCGACAUGUUCAGUGGUAUUAAGAAAACAUUUGAUGAGUGUACUCAAACUUUUAUAAAUACCAAAAAUUAGGUUUUACAUAACUUAACAUUCUAACUAAAUUAAAAUUUUACAAGCUUGAACUUUUGUCCAGUUCUUCUAAGAAAUAUUUUAUUUUUUUGCAUUCGAAUCUUUCACUGUACUUUACUGUACUUUUAAAUUCAACAUUUGUUUUCAUUUAUUUAUUCAUUAUUUUAUCUAUUCAUGGCUUUCUCAUAUCUUUACAUGCAGAUAUCAAUGUAUUCACUACAUAAUAAACAUUUACAAGUUU